CUCUUCAAUCCUCACGGACUCACAGGUCACGACCACAAUUAAACGCCCAAUUCAUAUUUCCUUUCUCCCUCCCUCGCCUCUGCUCCCUCCCCCCUCCUUUCGCAUACGAUCUGGUUCCCCUCCUGAUUGUCCUUUGUCCUUAGGAAGACCCCACCGUUUUUUUUUUUAUUUACAAGAGGUCGUUGCCCGGUGUUUGUUCGGUUUGAAAGGAUCCUUUUUCUUUCCUGGUGGACAGCUUGACCCCUUUCUCCUUCGAUUUCACUUCUCGCAUCAAUUUUCCAUAUUCCUGGUAUUGGCCGAAUUUAUCUCGCCUUUCGAGAGCCAUGGCUCCUACGACAGAGUUCGACAGCUCGGAAGAUGUCAAUGACUUUCUUCUGCGCAUUCGGGAACUAGGAGAGAAGCGCGAUAAGGAGGACGAGGAACGCACGAAAAAGCUAGAGGAGGAAAUUUUGCAGGGGCGCAAGGAGAGACAGGCCCGCAGAGCUGAACGGGCGCGAUCGAUUUCUCCCACAAAGGACUCCCCUAUUCUAGAUCCGGCCCGAUUGAGCAUAUCCUCAACUCUCAGCCACCGCGCAAUUGACCCUCCUGAACACCUCGAACCAACCUUUCACACGCCGGGUCAUGACUCCGGCAGCAGACCCGAAUCCAUUCGGGAUGACACAUCGACAACCACGGACGGCGGCCGGAGAGGAUCCACACUGACCGGACAGAGGCCGACAUCUCGCGACAGCAAUCGACAAUUCUUUUCGUCUUCGCCGUCUCGUGUCUCCCGUAACUCAUUCACAUCCUCGCCGACAUUCAAGGAUGUGUCGUGGGCGCGUCACGGAGAGGGAAGCGUUUCCCCGACUCGCAGCAAAUACGUGGAGGAAGACAGGCCACCGCAAGAGGCCGGAAAGGAUUCCACCCCAGAGCCGACAAAGGAAGUUGAUCACUUGGAGAGCGUUGAGGGACGAUCCCGAUCGCCAUCAAGAGCCAGCUCGACUUUCGCAGAAAGUAGUUUGGGCCACCGUUAUUCAAGUGUCUCUUCUGUCUCCACCGCAACGGGACUUGGCUCUCCUCUGCCCCUGUCAAAUGUUCAAAAGCUGGAGCUGCACAAGCCCGAAGAAGUGCUGGAGGACCAGAUGUCUCUUUCUUCUCCGAGAAGGAUAUCUCCCGAACGGACAACGUCGCCGACCAAGGGCCUCGGUGGUGUGUCAAAGAGAUGGAGUGCUCAGCUUCCUACGGGCCUUAGCCGGCCUGGUUCGGUUGCUAGCAGCCGUAACAGCUUUGUUGGGAAUGAAACCUUCCCAAGCUCGCCUUCGUAUAGAUUGAGCCGCGAAGUUCCACCCCUUGCAUCCCAGCGGCCGACUUCAAGCCAUCGACCUACGUCGAGUCACCGGCCCGGUUCGAGCCAUAACAGCGAGCGACCAGCGACUCCACCAGUUCCUAUUCCCGAGAGGCGAGAAAGCAACGCAUUGGCUGAGGAGGGAUCCCCCAGGCCCUCACUCAGCCUUCAUACGCGGUCGGCUAGCUCUGUCGAACGGGGCGUAGAAUCAAGUUCCUUGCCUACCGCGAGUCCAGUCGUUCCCAGGACUAUGGAUCCUAGGAGAUGGAGUCCAACCAAGGCCAGCUGGUUGGAAAGUGCAUUGAAUCGUCCUCCGGACUCGCCGAAACACAAGAGACAGCAGUCCCUUCAACAACCGUCAUGGGUCAGGGAAAGGCAUUUGCGGAGCAAGGUCACGCCCGUGGGCCUCAUGCGAACGGCUGUUCCUGGUGCUCACUCUAAAUCGUUAAGUGUGUCUGGGAUUCCCAACCUCUUCUCUGUACCCGAUGCAACCAAGCUCAAACAGGAUGACUCUGCCACCGAUUUGUCCCCCGCCCUGAAGGAGUCCAGCCGGACUAAUGGGAAAGUUUUGGAGCCUGCGCCAAAAGGAUUCGAAGCGGUAUUUGAACCUAAACAUGAUACGGCGCAUAUCGAGCCACAGGACGUUGCCCCAGUGGAUCAUGCCUUAACUUCUGCUCCUGAAACGAAGGCCAGCAAUGUGGAAAGUGGUCCCACGGAGGAGCCGGACUCUUUGCCCAAUGAGAGUCAGCCGCCCCUCGAUACGAAGGACAAUGAGCCAGCGCCUCUGGAGGAGAGCGUGGACUCUCCCACCAAGACAGACACAGAAGUAGAACAUGCAGAUGACGGUGUCAAGAAGCACGCACGGAUCCCAUCGAAUCUGAGCCCGAUCAACAAGACUGUACUUGACAUGCCUCUUCCUUCUCCGACUCGCGAUCCGCUCUUGAACAGACCUAAGCCUCAACCCGCCGUGAUCGAUUUCCGAGCCAACCUUCGGCGCCGCGAAAUUGUCAAAGACGAAGCGCCCAAGGAGGAGCCCGAAUUCAAGAACGUUUUCGGAAAGCUGAAAAGGGCGGGGACAUCGACCUACACCCCCCCAGAUGCGUUAAAAGAGAAUAUUCUGAAAGGCAAGGCGGCGCUCAGUGCGUCAAACGGUCCUCAGAAAUCGCCCAAAGUCGAUGAUCUCAAAGAAAGCAUACUCAGACAAAAGGAAGCAAUCAAAACUAAUGGGGCCUCAGCCAGGCGGAAUACUGCAGGAGAAAUGGACGCUCCCAUGACGUUCGUGCCAGAGGCGAUUGCAAAGAGGAACAACUUGACCAAGUCUAUCAGUUCUAGAAGCAACCUCUCCACUACUGACGCGUUGUCUCCACGCUCACCACUUUCGCCGCUAUCACCGCAAGAGCCGCCGACCCCGUUGGAGCCUCAGCCUCUGACUCUCUCCCCCGUUCGGUCGGAUGUCCACGCGAACAACGAAGUGCCUCAUAGCCCCGAAGAACCUGACGAACCUCAAUAUGAUCCAGAAGCCGCAGGACCCGACCAAGAAAACGCUCCCCACGAGACCAGCUCUCCCUUGCAUACCGAAUCGGAGAAGCCAACUACGGAAGGUCAAGGAGAAACCCAAGGCGAUAGGGACAUCCCUUCGGCGCGUUCGUCAGUUCAAUACUCGGUGCGUUCGUCCGUGCGUUCUCUAUCUCCGGUGGAACCGGACCAUACUUCAAAUGCGCCUGCUGCGGCUGAAAGUACCGCUGCUAAAAGUAGACUUGCAGGCCGAAUCAACCCUGCCCUAGCGGGACUUCUGUCCCGCGGGCCGCCGGCCAUUGGCGACAGUCCUGCAACAGCCCCGUACUCCGACGCUAGCAGCUUUUCGACAGCAAGCCCAUUCCAGCAGGAGCCACAACCUUCGGCACCGCUCUUGCAUAUGACGAAAGGCCGAGCAAGAGGCCCAAAGAGACGUCCUCCUAUGGGCCCGGCAUCUCGGUCCACAAAGUCGACUACAACGAUGGGAAGCGCGGAGGAACAGUCCCUUAGGGAUGACAUUGCAGAAGAGCAACGACUUGCAGAAGAGCAACGACUUGCAGAAGAACAACGACUUGCAGAAGAGAAGAGGCUCGCUGAAGAGAAGCUUGCAGAGGAGCAGAGGAUCGCCGAGGAGCAGAGGCUUGCAGCAGAGAAGCUUGCCGAAGAGCAGAGGCUCGCUGAAGAGAAGCUUGCAGCAGAAAGGCUCGCGCAGGAACAAAGGCUUGCGGAGCAGAAGCUCGCAGAGGAGAAGCUCAGAGAAAGCAAGGUCUUAGAGAAUGCAUUCAACGAGGAGGAACGUCCGCUCCCGACUCCGGAUAUGGAAAGCCCGGUGCUGGGCGCUUCGCGUGUUGGACAAUCAGCCGGUGUCUCCAGCGGAUGGCCACUUCCUGACACUAAUAUUAAUUCGGACACUGUAUCCCAGGCCAGCGCAACCCAGCCCGUUUCUCCAUUCUCCAUUGGGUCGAUCAAGAUAAAGAACGUCACUCCGCAAUCCGUCGGUCGAAGUUCUCUGUCGAGGUCUGAGGACCGGAGCACCGAGCCUCCAACUCCGCCAACCCGGAAUUCUCCUCGCUCCGAAGAUAGCAGGAGUACUGGAAUUGUUGCCAGCCUACGAAGCUCCCUCCUGGGAAAACCUCCUUUGCCGCCCAAAACCGCACCGCUGCCUUCCACCCCUACAAGGAACACCCCAACCCGUUUCUCUUCACCUUCUCCUUCGCCUCUGCGAACUAGUUUCAAGGAGAACCUGGGUUCACCACCUCCCGCGCCGUAUCAGAAACCUGCAUCAUACUUUGCUGCUGUAGGGUUCAAGGGUGCUUCUUCUAGGGACAAAGCUUUACCUUCUCCUCCCGUUCCCCCCAAGGGAUCUCGAGCCUCCGUCGAUCGAUUCUCUUCGCCACGGUCGUCAGCUUCCCUUGUCCCGUUGGCUGACGAGUCAUGGGAAGCGAUUUCCAGCUUCUUCAAGCCCUUGCCUAAGUCGAGUGAUCGUGUCAAUGUUGAUGCGCAGGUGCUGCUAGCGAAGCGUGGCGACGAAAUGAAGAUCAGGACCCUUAAACGGCAAAUAUGGGAGAUCACAGGUGACGGAAAGAAGCAAGACCUCCCCGUCAACCAAGAGUAUAUUCUGUACGAAGGCAGCAUGUACCUGUGUGUGCAUAUGUUCGAGGCUGAUGGUAACGUGCGUUCCGAAAUCCACCUCUGGUGUGGGGAUGACGUCCCUGAGGCGGCUAUCGACGAUGCCCAGCCCUUCUCUCGCCGGGUUGCAAAAGAGAAUGGAUGCAAGCUUGAGAUUAUCAAGCAAGGUAAAGAGCCGGCGCGGUUCAUCCAAGCUCUGGGUGGAAUUCUCAUCACGCGUCGUGGUUCUAGCUCGCGAUCCAGCUCCUCUGCGAUUUUCAUGCUCUGCGGACGCAAGCACCUAGGACAGAUGGUCUUUGACGAGGUGAACUUCUCGCCUAGCAGCCUUUGCUCUGGCUAUCCUUUCGUGAUUUCCGCGAUGUUCGGCAAGUUGUUCCUCUGGAAGGGAUUCGGCAGUUCAGCAGAAGAAAUCGGAGCGGCUCGUUUGAUCGGGAUGGAUCUCGGCCUCACUGGGGAAUUCGAGGAAGUCGGUGAAGGAGAAGAACCAGAGAGCUUCUUUGAAGUCUUUCCGCAAUAUGAACGCACGGCAGACGAGAAGAGUGCCAAUGACUGGCGCAUGAAGCCCAAGCUUGACCGGUAUCGCACGCGGCUGCUUCGUGUGGACCAUGAACUCGGUCAGCAGCGGGCUGGAUUCUGGAUGCGUCGAGCCGCUUCACCCUCCCCGAUCACUCGCCCAAACGAUACUGUGCAAGAGGUAGACCCAUUCUGUCAGAAGGACAUUGACGCUAAAGGGAUCUAUGUCCUCGAUACCUACUUUGAAGUUUAUGUGAUUGUGGGUGAACAAGCCUCAGCUCGUGCUGCUGAAUUCGCGUCAGCGGUCUAUUUUGCGCAUGAAUACAGCAUCCUAGCUGCCUCCUUUCAAGACCGACCAUUUAUUCCAAAGACCUUCGUGUCCCUUGGCGGAGUCCCUGAGAGCUGUAGCAGUGCGUUCCGCAAAUGGAACACGAGCUCGUGGCAAAGCAUUCCACAAGUUUUUCCCUUGAAUGCGGCGAUCGAGGCGAUUCGCAGUGCCUAAAUUAUGGCAUCCUUUCCUUGCAAAAUCUUCAUGAGCAUCAUACCCUGCGUUGACUUUAUUCUUGUGAUUCUACCAUUGUUUAUAGCGUCUUUGCAUUUAGAUUGUGCAUAUACUGGUUUUGUACAUAAAUGGUGCUUGGGCUGUGAUUGUCGGGUGCGACGGGGUGUAAACGCGAUUGUAAGAAGCCUGAAUGUACAGCAUUUGAGUUGCGGAAGGAAUAAUAAUGGCUGGC